AUGGAGGGUAAUUCCUUAAGUACCCCUGCAAUACAAGUUACAAUUACCGAUACACCUGGUGGUAACCUUAACUUGAAUGCAACCACUACUAAUACGGAGCAAAGAAUUAGUAGCCCGGAUAAUGAUGAUGAAAAUCAAAAUCUGAUUCAGAAGCAAAAAAGAGCAAAGACUUCAGUGGUAUGGUCAGAGUUAAAGGAGGUGGUACUCCCUAAUGGCACCAAAAAGGCUGAGUGUAUCCAUUGCAAAGUCAAGUUGUGUAUUAAUGUCACCGGAAGCACCACCCAGUUUAAUAGACAUUUAAGUUGGUGUUUAAGGAGAAAAACUUUCAUGAGGCAACAACAUAUUAGUUUUCUGAGUGCCGAUAAGGAUGUUCCAACUACUAUUUUGCCAGCUUUAAGUGGGAAGUUUGACAUGUCGAAAAUGAGGGAAUUGAUCACCCAUUGGGUGCUUAUGCAUGAGCAUCCAUUUACAGUUGUGGUGGAAGAGGGCUUGAACAAUAUGAUGAAGUAUGGGAUUCCUGAAUGGACUCCAGUUUCCCACCAUACUUGUAAAAAAGAUUGUAUAAAGGUAUAUGAAAGUGAGAAGGCCAAAUUGAAGACUUUGUUGAAGACUAUGACAAAAAUCAGUUUGACUACAGACUUAUGGAAUUCAGGGAAUCAAAAAAUGGAGUAUAUGACUGGUAUUGUGAUUGCGGAUGGCAUUUUCAAGUGCCUAAUGGGAUGGGGAAUUGAAAAUAAGGUAUAUACUAUUUCUGUGGAUAAUGCUUUAAGUAAUGAUGUUGCAAUUAAGGUUUUGACAGAAAAUUUUGAAGUUUCAGGGAAACUCCUUUGUGGAGGUAAACUGUUUCAUGUGAGAUGUUGCGCACACAUCUUGAACCUGAUUGUUCAAGAUGGACUUCAUCAAAUUAGGCACAUCAUUGAUGAUAUCUAUGAGAGUGUGUUGUAUAUCAACAGUUCAGAAAGCAGACUCAAGGUAUUUUCUGAGAUUGUUCAACAACUUAAAUUGCCGUAUCGGAAACUUAUUCUUCAUUCUAAUGCAAGGUGGAAUUCUGCCUAUGAAAUGUUGGCAACGACAAUUAAGUGCAAAAAGGUUUUUCCAAGAGUGAAAGAGAGGGAUAUCAAUUAUCAUAAUAAUCCAAGUGACGAGGAUUGGGAGAAAGUGGAGAAAGUUUGUGAAGUUUUGAAAGUAUUUAGUGGUUCAACCAAACUUAUUUCAGGAAGUGAUUAUCUGACGUCUAAUUUAUUCUUGAAAGAGGUGUGUGUAGUGUAUGUUGAAUAG